AACUUAUUCAACAAGUUUACCCCCCUGCCGCCACCCUCUUUUCGAUGUGCGUUUUCGGACAUGCGGAGGUUACUGGAACCGUGUUGGUGGAUUUUGUUCCUGAAGAUCACCAGUUCCGCGCUCCAUUAUGUGGUGUGCUUCCCGGCACUGACCGAAGGCUACGUGGGCUCCCUUCAGGACAGCAGACACAGCAGCUCCUCGCAGAUCCGCAGGCGCAAGGCCUCCGGGGACCCCUACUGGGCCUACUCGGGUGCCUACGGGCCUGAGCACUGGGUGACGUCCAGUGCCAGCUGCGGGGGCCAUCACCAGUCUCCCAUAGACAUCGUAGACCAGCAUGCUCGCGUCGGCGAGGAGUACCAGGAGCUGCAGCUUGACGGCUUCGACAAUGAGUCUUCUAACAAAACCUGGAUGAAAAACACAGGGAAGACAGUUGCCAUCCUUCUGAAAGACGACUAUUUCGUCAGUGGCGCUGGCCUGCCGGGCAGAUUCAAGGCUGAGAAGGUGGAGUUCCACUGGGGCCACAGCAAUGGCUCUGCGGGCUCGGAGCACAGCAUCAAUGGCAGGCGCUUCCCCGUGGAGAUGCAGCUUUUCUUUUACAAUCCAGACGACUUUGACAGCUUUCAAACUGCCAUUUCUGAAAACAGAAUAAUCGGAGCCAUGGCCAUCUUUUUCCAAGUCAGUCCAAGGGACAAUUCCGCGCUGGAUCCUAUUAUCCAUGGGCUGAAGGGCGUCGUCCAUCAUGAGAAAGAGACCUUUCUGGAUCCUUUCAUCCUCCGGGACCUCCUGCCUGCAUCCCUGGGCAGCUAUUACCGGUACACAGGCUCUCUGACCACCCCUCCGUGCAGCGAGAUUGUGGAGUGGAUCGUCUUCCGGAAGCCUGUCCCCAUCUCUUACCACCAGCUCGAGGCUUUCUAUUCCAUCUUCACCACGGAGCAGCAGGACCAUGUCAAGUCAGUGGAGUACCUGAGAAAUAACUUCCGGCCACAGCAGGGGCUGAACGGCAGGGUGGUGUCCAAGUCCGCCGUUCGCGACGCCUGGAACCACGACCUGACAGACUUCCUCGAUAACCCGCUGGGGACGGAGGCCUCUAAAGUCUGCAGCUCCCCGCCCGUCCACAUGAAGGUGCAGCCCCUGAACCAGACGGCGCUGCAGGUGUCCUGGAGCCAGCCCGAGACCGUCUACCACCCGCCCAUCAUGAACUACAUGAUCUCCUACAGCUGGACCAAGAAUGAGGACGAGAAGGAGAAGACCUUUACGAAGGACAGCGACAAGGACCUGAAAGCCACCAUCAGCCACGUCUCACCCGACAGCCUCUACCUGUUCCGCGUCCAGGCCGUGUGCCGGAACGACAUGCGCAGCGACUUCAGCCAGACGAUGCUCUUCCAAGCUAAUACCACUCGAAUAUUCCAAGGGACCAGAAUUGUGAAAACAGGAGUGCCCACAGCGUCUCCCGCCUCUUCGGCCGACAUGGCCCCCAUCAGCUCGGGGUCUUCGACCUGGACAUCCUCAGGCAUCCCCUUCUCCUUCGUUUCCAUGGCGACGGGGAUGGGCCCAUCCUCCAGCGGCAGCCAGGCGACGGUGGCCUCCGUGGUCACCAGCACGCUCCUGGCCGGCCUGGGCUUCGGCGGCGGCGGCAUCUCCUCCUUCCCCAGCACCGUGUGGCCCACGCGGCUCCCCACGGCCGCAGCGGCCAGCAAGCAGGCCGGCAGGCCGGUCCUGGCCACCACCGAGGCCGUGGCCUCUCCGGCCCCGGACGGCGACUCGGCCCCGAGCAAGGACGGCGAGGGCGCCGAGGAAGGGACGAAGGACGAGAAGAGCGAGAGUGAGGACGGGGAGCGGGAGCACGAGGAGGAGGGGGAGAAGGACUCCGAGAAGAAGGAGAAGAGCGGGGUGACCCACGCCUCCCAGGGCCGGAGCCAGGCCGAGCCCACCCCCAUGCCCUCGUCUCCCGGGAGAACUGCCCAGGACCGGGGGCGUCAGACUAUACCCGGGCCCCAGCGAGACCACACUGCCGCCCCCACUGGCCAGCCCGACGACGCGAGGGGUGCCCGCCUGGACGCCGAGCCCGUCACCUCCACCCAAGUGCCCCCCACAGCCACCGAGGAGCCGUACAAAGGGCGUGAUCGCAAGAGCCCUGAGCUGCCAUCUAAAAAGCCUGUGUCCGCAGGGGACCGCUUUUCCGAGGACAGCAAGUUUAUCACUGUCAACCCAGCAGAAAAGAACACCUCGGGGAUGAUAAGCCGGCCUUCCCCGGGGAGGAUGGAGUGGAUCAUCCCCCUGAUUGUGGUGUCCGCCUUGACCUUCGUGUGCCUCAUCCUGCUCAUCGCCGUGCUGGUGUACUGGAGAGGGUGUAACAAAAUAAAGUCGAAGGGCUUUCCCAGACGCUUCCGUGAAGUGCCUUCUUCUGGGGAGAGAGGAGAGAAGGGGAGCAGAAAAUGCUUCCAGACGGCUCACUUCUACGUGGAGGACAGCAGCUCCCCUCGGGUGGUCCCCAACGAGAGCAUCCCCAUCAUCCCCAUCCCGGAUGACAUGGAGGCCAUCCCGGUGAAACAGUUUGUGAAACACGUCGGGGAGCUCUAUUCCAACAACCAGCACGGCUUCUCCGAGGACUUUGAGGAAGUCCAACGCUGUACGGCUGACAUGAACAUCACCGCAGAACAUUCCAAUCAUCCCGACAACAAGCACAAAAACAGAUACAUCAACAUUUUAGCAUAUGAUCACAGCAGGGUGAAGUUAAGACCUCUACCGGGAAAAGACUCUAAGCACAGCGACUACAUUAAUGCAAACUAUGUCGAUGGUUACAACAAAGCAAAAGCCUACAUAGCCACCCAAGGACCUUUGAAGUCUACGUUUGAAGAUUUCUGGAGGAUGAUUUGGGAACAAAACACUGGAAUCAUCAUCAUGAUUACAAACCUUGUGGAAAAAGGAAGACGAAAAUGUGAUCAGUAUUGGCCGACAGAGAACAGUGAGGAGUAUGGCAACAUUAUUGUCACACUGAAGAGCACAAAAGUCCACGCCUGCUACACCGUCCGCCGUUUCUCAGUCAGAAACGCCAAAGUGAAGAAGGGCCAGAAGGGAAAUCCUAAGAGCCGCCAGAACGAGAGGGUGGUGAUCCAGUACCACUACACGCAGUGGCCUGACAUGGGUGUCCCCGAGUACGCCCUCCCCGUCCUGACCUUCGUGCGGAGGUCCUCGGCCGCCCGCAUGCCAGAGAUGGGCCCGGUGCUGGUGCACUGCAGCGCCGGCGUGGGCAGGACGGGCACCUACAUCGUGAUCGACAGCAUGCUGCAGCAGAUCAAAGACAAAAGCACAGUGAACGUCCUGGGCUUCUUGAAGCACAUCAGGACGCAGCGCAACUACCUCGUCCAGACGGAGGAGCAGUACAUUUUCAUCCAUGAUGCCUUGUUGGAAGCCAUUCUUGGAAAAGAGACUGAAGUAUCUUCAAAUCAACUGCAUAGCUAUGUAAACAGCAUCCUCAUACCAGGCGUAGGAGGAAAGACACGACUGGAAAAACAGUUCAAGCUGGUCACACAGUGUAAUGCAAAAUACGUGGAAUGCUUCAGUGCUCAGAAAGAGUGCAACAAAGAAAAGAACAGAAACUCUUCGGUAGUGCCAUCUGAGCGCGCUCGAGUGGGCCUUGCACCGUUGCCUGGAAUGAAAGGAACAGAUUACAUUAAUGCUUCUUACAUCAUGGGCUAUUACAGGAGUAAUGAAUUUAUAAUAACCCAGCAUCCUCUGCCACAUACUACGAAAGACUUCUGGCGAAUGAUUUGGGAUCACAAUGCACAGAUCAUCGUCAUGCUGCCAGACAACCAGAGCCUGGCAGAAGAUGAGUUUGUGUACUGGCCAAGUCGAGAAGAAUCCAUGAACUGUGAGGCCUUUACUGUCACCCUCAUCAGCAAAGACAGACUGUGCCUCUCUAAUGAAGAACAGAUCAUCAUCCACGACUUUAUUCUGGAAGCUACACAGGAUGACUACGUCCUGGAAGUCCGGCACUUUCAGUGUCCCAAGUGGCCUAACCCAGACGCCCCCAUCAGCAGCACCUUUGAACUUGUCAAUGUCAUCAAGGAAGAGGCCUUGACCAGGGAUGGCCCCACCAUUGUCCACGAUGAGUAUGGAGCAGUUUCGGCAGGAAUGCUGUGUGCCCUCACCACCCUGUCCCAGCAGCUCGAGAACGAAAAUGCCGUGGAUGUUUUCCAGGUUGCAAAAAUGAUCAAUCUUAUGAGGCCUGGAGUUUUCACAGACAUUGAACAAUACCAGUUUGUCUACAAAGCAAUGCUCAGCCUGGUCAGCACUAAAGAGAAUGGAAACGGUCCCAUGGCCGUGGACAAAAAUGGUGCUGUUCUCAUCGCAGACGAAUCGGACCCUGCCGAGAGCAUGGAAUCUCUGGUGUGACGGCGACCCCGCCAGGGCGCCUAAUUUGUAAAACUUCUGAAGACUGAGAACUUUUUUGAGGCCUUUUUUGCCAGACUCUAGGUUAUAUAAUAACCCAGUUACUUUUUUACACUGAUAAAAGUUUUGAUAUUUAUUUUUUGCCAUUUUAUGUCUUAAUGGUAUCCUACUGAGCAUUUGCACCUCUGUUCAUUCCCCCCGACCCACCACCCACUCCCGUGAAACGCAAUUUGACCUAGUUUGCACUAUCUGAUCAGUGUUACUGCCUAUAAUCUAAUACUAAAGCAAACCCUGGUGUGACAUUCCAUAACAACAUACAUGCUCCUUUUUUAGUUCAGUACAGUGAAGGUCUUUGUUAGGACAGUGAAUCUUGGUUCUAUUAUUAUUAUUGCUAAAGCAGUUACCAUUCUACUAGCAGGCAAUGCUCUAUUUUUCCUCAGCCCUCCUCUGCUAUUUUUUUUUUAUUUUUUAUUUUUUUAGGCAUUGUUCAAUACUGUAUGCCUUCUCUAUUUUAGUGGAUGAGCAUUGUUUUCUUUUAAAGAAUAGUAGGUGGUUAGAUUUGGGAGCUACUAAGAAGGUUGGUCAGCUUCAUGGCCUUGAAGCAGUUCCAUGGAUGAUGGGGAAGACAUCCAUUGAGAAAUUAGAAGGUUUCCGAGUUGCUUCAUGUGAACAUCACCUAUUAGUUACAAACGUAUACUCAUAGCUUAAAAAUGCCCAACUGUGUCAAAAUAAAGGAUAUCUCUGUAUUACAGUUUUCACAAUAGCUAUGUGGACGGCGUGUGUUAUUUCCAUUUGAUUCUGAAAUAGCUCCACCCUCAAAGCAGGGCUAUCUUUUACAAUAGAGAGAUGGCAAUAUUUUACACAGCUCCCUUAAGAAACCCCUUAGCGACUCUCCACUGAUCUUUUUGGUUUAUAAUGCCAUACCUCACGGCAGGUGGAAUAUGAAACUUUUUGCAGGUGUGUGAUUUUGAAACCAGUCCUCUAGAAUUCCUAUUACUCAUAUAGCAAUCUAAUAAAAACUACCUAUCUAGUUAACAUUCUUUUCUUUCCUUUUUUUUUUUUUUUUUUUGCCAAACGUUUCAUGAUAAAUCUCAUAACCACAUACAUUCUUCUACUUAGAAUUAGAAUGAAAAUACUGUCUUAGCAUAAGUCUUAGGACCGUCUACACUCCCACAUGUGGUCAAAUUAGAUUUGGAGAGAGGAAAACAGAAUCUUGGAUAAAUCAUAUCUGCAUUUUCAAAUAGCUUUUAGAAGAGAGAGAUGGCUUUGUAUGUUUCUGUGUAGUGUAGCCUCAAGCACAGACAUACGUCAGUACAAGAGGCAGAUGAUCACCACACAGAGCCCAGGGCCUGGCCUCUGGAGCCACAGCCACCCACUGUACAUAAUGGGAGAAUGAGGGGCAUUAUGAGGAAUUUCAGUUCUGUUAGAAAAAAACAACCUACCCACUGAGAUCUGUUUCUCCUAGUGCUUGUUUGCUUUCGAGGGACAACUUCUGUCAGGAGUGAAAUCAUGGCCAGAUCUGGACCUGUUAAGAAAAAAAAAGGGGGGGUGGUUAUUUUUUUAUGCCAAUAAACUACAACAAAAAGUCCCCACUGGCAACUUUACUCUCUUGGUAGGCAUUCGAAUGUUAGUGGUCAUCGGCACUGACGUCCUACUUCUCUUCACUGGCUUUCCAUGAAGUUUGUCAGAACGGUGCUGAACGGCCUCAGCCCCUAAGCAGAGAGGUCACAGGCCGAGCCCAGGAGUUCUAAUGCGCAGGCCCAGUCAAUGCAGUGCUCGUGAGCUACGUAAUUUUCAGGGUUAGGUUAAUCUCAUCUGUCACACAGAUUCAGCAACAUAGAACAGUCCUGGAGAAAAGAUGUGGCAAUGAGCCAUGUUUGCGAACUUUGAAUGUGCUCGAUGGCUAAGACACCUUUAGAGUCCCCCUGCUCCCAUCAGAGGUGACGCAAGAAGCUCUGCCUAACAAGCAAGAAUAAAGCUUGAACAUGAAGCACUACAACUGCGGGAGGCCGCAGGAUCGGGAAGGAAAAGGUUUCAUAUCAUUACGAACUAGAUCUUUGCAGUCAGUUAAGUAGGUCACUUUGGCUGUACAGAUUAGAACAGUGGUCGGCAAACUCAUUAGUCAACAGAGCGGCAAACCGUGGCUCGCGAGCCGCAGUUUGCCGACCACUUGACUAGAGUAUUGACAUGAGUUGGCACAGCGGACUUGACUUUCAGAAGCAAUGUGCAAGUUGGGGGUUCAUGAUCCCUCAGUAAUUUUUUCUUAAUAUACAAGGAAACAUUGGUUAGGAGACACAGCAAGUAUUCCCUUCUGUGCUGUUUACAGAGGUGUCAAUUCAUGGAACUGCACACCCUCCAACACAAUCCUGUGACCCUCUCUUAGAUGGCCAUCAGAAGCAUGAUAAAAGAGAGAGCUAGAAAACAGAAUAGAAACAUUACAGGGAUGAUUUGGAAGUUCUCUGUGAGCUACUUGUUGAUUUACAGCGGGCUUGAACCAAAGGCUACAAAAUCCUGGUCCCCUGAACGAGGAGCAAUUGCCAUUUGCCCGUCUUGCCAAAGCGACCCAAGCAUCCUUUCCUGAGGACAGUGAGGCACAGCAGCUCCUCACUUGGACCACAGUGUACCCCCCUAUUCAAUUGUUGUUGGCAGAAGCAUGCUUGCCGCUCUUCUGGAGUGGGGCUUCAAAGAUGGCAUUUUCUUUGAAACAUAAGCACAUUGCUUAACAAGGUUACCACCACUGCACUCGGGGGGAAGGAAAUAGCUUUUGCAAAUCAGUGUGUGCUAUUUUGUAGAAUAAGCGUUAUUAGGUACAUGACUUUUGCUCUAGGUAAACAGAAUGCGCGCAUCAUACAAAAUUAAAUUGCAAUGACCAGGCCAAGUGUCCAUGCUGGACAUCAGAGAAAAGACACCUCAUUUCUCCAUCAGGAGAAUUCUCUUGCAUCCAAAAGCCACAAUAUCUUUUUUACAUACAAAAAACUGAACGUCUGAAUUUCAGGAAGAAUAAGAUCAAUUGAAUGGGUUUUCUGAAUCUUUAUUCAUUGUAGCUUUUAGUCUAUUUCCAUCAAGUUGGAGAGGCCAGCAAGGUCAGAGAAGGAAAUGGUAUUCAAAGUCUGGCUGUUGGGAGUGUUUAGCCCAGAGUGACAUAUUUCAAUCAACUAACCUUAAUUAUUUCUUAAUGACACAGCACAACUGCCUUGUUAUAAAUUUUUCUUGAAUGCUUAUAUACUGUAUUUAAAAAUUAAAAUAUAGUACCAAUUUACCAAAGAUACAUAGUACUGAUUCAAAGCAAAAAAUGAUAAUAAAAGAAACCCAAACUCAUCAUAAUUUAAGAAAUAAAAAAUGUAGUUUGUCUUAAGAAUUUAGCAGUUAUACUGGAAAAUGCAUUUCAACUCCUUAUGUUCCAAAGUUCAUGCUCCAAUGGUAUCAGUGAAUUUUUAUAUGAAGGAAAAUGCCUGCUUUUUAUUUCUUUUUUUUAACCAGCUGUAAUUUCACUUGCCCCUUUGCACUUUCCCUGAACAUGUUGCCACUUAGCAUCCAAUAUCAGUUUCACUUAUCUCUAGAAAGAAGGCAUGCUACAAAUAGGAAGGAAUUGUAAUAAUGAUAUUUGGCCUCUACUUUGUCUUAGCUGUUAAACUGUUUUUAGUAUUUUUGUUAAAUAUUUGCAAAGGGAAGAAUUUUCUACAGAGGAUAAUUAAUUUCAAGGAAAAAAAAAAAUAUCUUGAGUUUUAAGAAAUAAACAUCUCCAGAAAAGGAGACAGCCAAUUUUAUAAAAUGUCGCAACUCUCCAACAUUUGGGGUAGUGACUCUUUUGUUAAGACAUUUGAAACUAGCAAGCAGCCAUUGUUUCUAAAAACUGAAAACAAACAAACAAAAAAAAAAUCACUUAGCCUUCAUGUUGAGUCGUGUUCCUUUCACUUUGUUUGGACAUUAAGACUGUAAAUAUUUUGUUGCUUGGGUAAGCAUCUUCUGGGAACUUUGUAUCUAUGGUAUAUAAUCAUAGAAUUUUAUAUUUUCAUAUAAAGCUAAUUUUUUUCUAGUUUCAACUCCGUCAUAGUUUUGUUUUUGAUUUUUUUUGUUUUUGUUUUUGUUUUGUGUGUGGUGGAUAUGUGAAUUCAACUUUCUGUGUAUUGAAGUAGAAAGAAUCAUCUCUGCAUUCCAAAAGAAUCUAACAUGUGUUAUUUCUUUGAGGCAGUGAUUGUGACAGUUGGUUGUUUUUUUAAAAUUCCAUUGACCAUUUGUGCAAAGGAAUUAGACAUAGUCACUGAAGACAUUUGCUGCAUUGACCCAUUUGGAAAAAGUGUUUUGGGUUUUUUUUUUAAUUUGUUCCAGGGGGAGGGGUUUUGUAACCUGAAAUUUUUCCCUUUUACUUUCUGUUUAAAACUAUAUCAAAUCAUUCUAUUAUAGUGUUAUUUAAUAUGUAAAUUGUAUUGCUAUACAUAAAAUAAAGUAUGGUUUUUGAUGUA